CUGCAAAGAUGUUUUUGACAGGUGAAGACGGGAUUUUUGUUGCAGAUCUACAAGAUGACCUAAACUUCACUUCUAUACAAUCCACCGAUCGACCCAAUUAUAUGACCUAUGACUCCGUGGAGAAGAAGCUCUACUGGGGUGACAGGGGUACAAAACGAGUUUAUCGUGCUGAUGAUGAUGGAGGAAACAGGGAGGAGGUCACUUCUGGAAACGACAAUGACCCACGAGGAGUUGCGAUCGCUGAAUUGUCACGCAUUCUAUACAUCGCCUACGAUGGGGCAAAGAAAAUAACGACUGUGGAUAUUGGACAAGGUAGCGCAUUUCCAGGGAAUGAGGCGAACUUUGUAACCGGAUUAACCGAUGGCCCAUUGUCGUUGGAGAUGGAUGAGGAACAGGGGUAA